GUUUGAUUUAAAAUAUCUUCAAAUAUUUCACUGACACUCUCCAUGAACCACCUGAAAGGAAAUACAUAAUUUACCGCUUCUAAGGAAUGACACUGCAGCGCAUCAGGGAAAAUCGAUUACUUUGACAUUGAACAUGAACCUAACAAAAUGACAAAUAUUAAAAACAGUUCACCUGGGAUGCAGAGACCGCUUAAUGAUAAUUCAGUCCAAGAUCAAAGGUCAAAGCUUGCAUCGGAAAAUGAAAGCAUUCCACCCGGGAGAACAGACGUCGACGAGCAGAGACCGCUUGAUUUUAAAUCAGUCCAAGAUCAAAAGUCAAGCCGUGCAUCGGAAAGUGAAAGCAUUCACCCCGAGAAUACAGACGUCGACGAGCAGAGACCGCUUGAUUUUAAAUCAGUCCAAGAUCAAAGGUCAAGCCGUGCAUCGGAAAGUGAAAGCAUUCCACCCGAGAGAACAGACGUCGAUGAGCUUAUUAAAUAUGAUUUUCGAAUAGACCCAAAAGACAUUGAACACUUUGGGCAAUGCAUCGAAUGCGUGAAAGCAAUCCCAGUCUUUUCUUACGACGAUAUAGAAAUCGGAGAUCAUAUCACAUAUAACGGAAGAAUUUACGAUCAUCAUGCAAUUGUUUCGGCAAAAUUCGGAAAUGAAAAGAUCAAAAUAAUAGAGGCUACAAAUAGCUUUUCCGGGGCAGUAUUCGGUCUUUUCCCAUUUGGUAGGAAAGCAUUAAUAAAAGAAUCUGAGAGGUCAUUGGAUUUUACUAAGGACCGGAUUCAUGUUGUGGUAUAUAAGAAACGAGUCUUCGAAAACAUCAAAGUAGCCAGCAGGGCAAAGGCUAUUUGCGAAGCUAAAGGUAAAACUAGUAAAUACGACUAUCAUUUAUUGGAUAACAAUUGUGAGCAUUUCGCAACGUUUUGCGUCACAGGAAAGAAAUUUAGUUUGCAAGUUAUCAAAGUGGAACUGGUUGCCAGGCUCUUCGUACUUAAUGGAUUUGUUGGUUUGAGUGAUGAGAGGAAACGCAACGAAUUUCUACAUGAGAGAAAACACAUUUGUAACAAAUGCUAUAAACUGAAUGAGCCCUUACUGAACGUGUCCACGAGACCUAUUACGUCAGCAUAUGACGUAGCACCUGGUGACAUCAUCAGAUACUACUACUGGAAUUUACUCCACGAUGCAGUUGUCCUGGAAACAGAACAUUUCAACAAAACCUCCAUGAAAUGUCGAAUCGCCCAUUAUGCGUUUUGUGGUUUCUUUUCGCAUAGGACAAUUAAGGACGAGGAGGUCACGGUGCCGUUUGAUGGCAGUCAGUGUGUUCUUGAAUACAAAACAACAAACUUUGAAGUGUACGAAACGGAAAAGGUAAUUGAAAGGGCAAGGUCAAGAGUAGGGGAACAACGUUUUGUGUUUUUCUCAAAUGAUACCAGCCAUUUUGCGCGUUGGUGUAAGUUGCCGAGAAUCAGACGUGGACAAAUUGACAUCGGCGACCAGGGUGAAUAAAAUGAUCACGAUGACGUCAUUAGCCAUGAAAGUCUGAAGAUAAAUUGACGUUGUGUGGCAAGUAAUAUCGGAAUGUUCAAACAUACUUCUUUAAAUAAGAAUUGAUUCUUAUUUUUCAUGCGUUCAUGCAGUAUGAACGCUCGGUCGAUCUUGGAUUUUGGGUUCGUGUUUUACAUAUGCAUGACCAUGGUCUUUCAGUCGAUACUCCGCCUACAGAGGUCACGAAAGGUCGACCGGUUCAUGCAAAAUGAACGCAAAUCGUAACGUUUAGAAAAUUAAGCGCGAAUUUCAGUUAAUAUGAAUUAACCAAACAUAUUUGCAAUCUCGCAUAAAACGACAGUGUAUCCUCUAGUACAUGGCAAUGCUCACAAAAUAUCAUACAGCCAAAUACAGCCUAUCAGAAUGAUGUUUAUUAAUUAGUUUUUAAUCCAUAAUAAUUGUGUUCAUAUUAAUUCAAGCGUUGUUUUGUGUACGUGAUCCUUAUGUAUUUUUUUGUAAAAUAUAAAGCAGUACAAGUACAUUGCAUCUUUACCGCUGAUAUUUUAAUCAGCCUAGAUGAUAUGUAAGGCCAAAUAAAAAGUAAAGUUCAGUUUCUCGGACACUGCUGCUUUCGUUUGUACGCCCCGCUUCGUUUUGUUCUAAUAUAAAACAUAGUCGUAAUACCGUAUUUCAACCACAUAUAAGAAGUUAAUUUGAAAAUAUUAUGGGACUACUUUGUAUUUCAAUUAUUUUCAACUGAUGGUUAUAUAAAGUUCAUAAUAAAUGUGUAUCGGAUUUUGCAUUAACCAAGGCUACAUUUGCUUGUCAUUUGAGGAAGCACUUUGGAUAUGUCAUCAACAUGCACAUACAUUCGUAAAUUGUAUGUAAGUGCACGUUUCCGCCGAGAAAGGGCUUUCAAAUUCCUGUGUAAGAUAUAGCAAUAUUUGAACAACGUAGCGGCUACUUUUGUUUAUUUUUGUUAGUGUUUAUUUUCGUAGGUUGUUAUUUUAUAAUACAAGUUUGUGUUUUAUUAGAACAAUAGGGUAUGAUCAUAAAUUUCAAAUAUUUUGUUUACAUUUUUGCAUUUAUAUUUCCGACUGUGAGAAAUAGCAGCAGGUAUAGCUUCAUCUUGUGAAGAUUUGAAGCCAACUGUUUAAUGCAAAUAAGUAAUUCAAUUAUAUAAUACGAGUUUGUGUUUUACUACAACAUUUGUGUAUGCUCGUAUUUCUUUAUCUAUAUGUUGACAGUUUUGCAUUUAUAUUCAUUAUUAAGAGAAAUCCCUGGUUGUAUAGUUUUACGCUGUAUAAAAUGAGUGUAGGUUCGAUUUGUGUAGAUCUGAAUCCAACUAUUUCAUGCAAAAAUGUUGCAAAAUCCUUAAAGGUUCUGAUGUAUGUAUAUUGAUUCAAAUUUCUGAUUGAAAUUAUCAUAAGAUUAAACUAAGGUAAACCACGCCAAAGAAUAUUGAAGAAAAUUAAGUAAAACUGCACUUUACUUAAGACGUCCAUGGCAUAAUUUAUGACGAAUCAAACGUAUCCGAGUAAUUAAUUAAAACUUUUGUGAAAUUGUUUCAUGUAUUUAGUACUUGUUUUCUACAUAUUGCUUGAACGUUACUAUGUUUUUAUGAAUGGAGUGUCAUCUACAUAGUGACAUCUACAUAUUAAUAGCGAACAUAAGUCUGGCAUCUACUUAUCAGUAGCUAGCAUUAGUCUAGCAUCUGUAUAUGAGUAGCUUACAUAAGUCUGACAUCUACAAUUAGUAUCUUUAAUUAGUCUGGAAUCUACAAAUUAGUAUCUAACUUUAGUCUGACAUCUACAAUUAGUAUCUUGCAUUACUCUGGCAUCUACAAAUUAGUAGCCUGACAUUAGAAAUUAGUAUAUCGCAUUAGUAAGGCAUCAACGAAUAAGUAUCUUACAUUAGUCUGGCAUUUACAUAGAAGUAGCUAACAGUAAUCUGGCAUAUACAUAUGAGUAGCUAACAUUAGUCUGUCAUCCACAUAUGAGUAGCUAACAUUAGUCUGGCAUCUACAUAGGAGUAGCUAACAUUAGUCUGGCAUCUACAUAGGAGUAGCUAACAUUAGUCUGGCAUCAACAUAGGAGUAGCUAACAUUAGUCUGGCAUCUACAUAGGAGUAGCUAACAUUAGUCUGGCAUCUACAUAGGAGUAGCAAACAUUAGUCUGGCAUCUACAUAGGAGUAGCUAACAUUAGUCUGGCAUCUACAUAGGAGUAGCUAACAUUUGUCUGGCAUCUACAUAGGAGUAGCUAACAUUAGUCUGGCAUCAACAUAGGAGCAGCUAACAUUAGUCUGGCAUCUACAUAGGAGUAGCUAACAUUAGUCUGGCAUCUACAUAGGAGUAGCUAACAUUAGUCUGGCAUCUACAUAGGAGUAGCUAACAUUAGUCUGGCAUCUACAUAGGAGUAGCUAACAUUAGUCUGGCAUCUACAUAGGAGUAGCUAACAUUAGUCUGGCAUCUACAUAGGAGUAGCUAACAUUAGUCUGGCAUCCACAUAGGAGUAGCUGACAUUAGUCUGGCAUCCACAUAGGAGUAGCUGACAUUAGUCUGGCAUCUACAUAGGAGUAGCUAACAUUUGUCUGGCAUCUACAUAGGAGUAGCUAACAUUAGUCUGGCAUCUACAUAGGAGUAGCUAACAUUAGUCUGGCAUCCACAUAUGAGUAGCUGACAUUAGUCUGGCAUCCACAUAGGAGUAGCUGACAUUAGUCUGGCAUCUACAUAGGAGUAGCUAACAUUAGUCUGGCAUCCACAUAUGAGUAGCUGACAUUAGUCUGGCAUCCACAUAGGAGUAGCUGACAUUAGUCUGGCAUCUACAUAGGAGUAGCUUACAUUAGUCUGGCAUCAACAUAAUAAUAGCUGACAUUAGUCUGGCAUCUACAUAAGAGUAGCUGACAUUAGUCUGGCAUCUACAUAGGAGUAGCUAACAUUAGUCUGGCAUCCACAUAUGAGUAGCUAACAUUAGUCUGGCAUCUACAUAAGAGUAGCUGACAUUAGUCUGGCAUCUGCAUAGGAGUAGCUAACAUUUGUAUAACAUCUACAUAGGAGUAGCUAACAUUAGUCUGGCAUCUACAUAGGAGUAGCUAACAUUAGUCUGGCAUCCACAUAUGAGUAGCUCACGAUAUUAUGUUAUUCACAUUUUAGUAGCUGACAUAAGUCUGGCAUCCACAUAUGAGUAGCUAACAUUAGUCUGGCAUCUACAUAAGAGUAGCUCACGAUAUUAUGUUAUUCACAUUUUAGUAGCUGACAUAAGUCUGGCAUUCACAUAUGAGUAGCUAACAUUAGUCUGGCAUCUACAUAAGAGUAGCUCACGAUAUUAUGUUAUUCACAUUUUAGUAGCUGACAUAAGUCUGGCAUUCACAUAUGAGUAGCUGACAUUAGUCUGACAUCCACAUAUGAGUAGCUGACAUAAGUCUGGCAUCUACAUAGGAGUAGCUGACAUUAGUCUGGCAUCUACAUAGGAGUAGCUAACAUAAGUCUGGCAUCUACAUAGGAGUAGCUGACAUAAGUCUGGCAUUCACAUAUGAGUAGCUGACAUUAGUCUGGCAUCCACAUAUGAGUAGCUGACAUAAGUCUGGCAUCCACAUAUGAGUAGCUGACAUAAGUCUGGCAUCUACAUAUGAGUAGCUCACGUUAUUAUGUCAUUCACAUUUUAGUAGCUAACAUUAGUCUGUCAUCCACAUAUGAGUUGCUAAAAUUAGUCUAGCAUCUACAUAUAAGUAGCUAACAUUAGCAUGGCACCAACAUAUGAGUAGUUAUCAUUAGUCUGGCAUCCAUAUAUGAGUAGCUGACAUAAGUCUGGCAUCCUCAUAUGAGUAGCUGACAUAAGUCUGGCAUCUACAUAUGAGUAGCUCACGUUAUUAUGUCAUUCACAUUUUAGUAGCAACAUUAGUUUGGCAUCCACAUAUGAGUUGCUAAAAUUAGUCUAGCUUCUACAUAUAAGUAGCUAACAUUAGCAUGGCACCAACAUAUGAGUAGCUAUCAUUAGUCUGGCAUCCACAUAUUAGUACCUAGCAUUAGUCUGGCAUCUACAUAUUAAUAAUUACCAUUAGGGUGGCAUCUACAGAAUAGUAGCUAGCAUUAGGGUGGAAUCAACAAAUUAGUAGCUUGCUGGAACCCAUAGCUGGCUAAGUCCCUGUCUUAUGUCCCGCCUUCUCAUAUGUGGGCAAAAACCAUUGAAAGUUGCACCAGUUUGUCAGUUUAUGAAUUCAAAUGUCUCUGAAAUUAUAUCAUGACCAGCUUUUCUUCUGACAAUUGCUUAAAUACUUUAUAUAAGGUGUAUGUAUUUAGUCUACCGUGUAGUUAUGUAUUUGUUGUUGUUUUUUAAUCAUUGAAUAUAUGUUGUAAAUGAGUGUUAGCUAUAAGAUAAGCUUGACCGGUGCACGUGGGCGUUGACUUUGUAUAUAUGUUGUAAAUGAGUGUUAGCUAUAAGAUAAGCUUGACCGGUGCACGUGGGCGUUGUCAUUGAAUAUAUGUUGUAAAUGAGUGUUGGCUAUACGAUAAGCUUGACCGGUGCAAGUGGGCGUUGACCUUGUAUAUAUGUUGUAAAUGAGUGUUGGCUAUAAGAUAAGCUUGACCGGUGCAAGUGGGCCUUGACUUUGUAUAUAUGUUGUAAUGAGUGUUGGCUAUAAGAUAAGCUUGACCGGUGCAAGUGGGCCUUGACUUUGUAUAUAUGUUGUAAAUGAGUGUUGGCUAUAAGAUAAGCUUGACCGGUGCAAGUGGGCCUUGACUUUGUAUAUAUGUUGUAAAUGAGUGUUGGCUAUAAGAUAAGCUUGACCGGUGCACGUGGGCGUUGUCAUUGAAUAUAUGUUGUAAAUGAGUGUUGGCUAUAAGAUAAGCUUGACCGGUGCACGUUGGCGUUGACCUUGUAUAUAUGUUGUAAAUGAGUGUUGGCUAUAAGAUAAGCUUGACCUGUGCAAGUGGGCAUUGACUUUGUAUAUAUGUUGUAAAUGAGUGUUGGCUAUAAGAUAAGCUUGACCGGUGCAAGUGGGCGUUGACUUUGUAUAUAUGUUGUAAAUGAGUGUUGGCUAUAAGAUAAGCUUGACCGGUGCAAGUGGGCGUUGACUUUGUAUAUAUGUUGUAAAUGAGUGUUGGCUAUAAGAUAAGCUUGACCGGUGCAAGUGGGCGUUGACUUUGUAUAUAUGUUGUAAAUGAGUGUUGGCUAUAAGAUAAGCUUGACCUGUGCAAGUGGGCAUUGACUUUGUAUAUAUGUUGUAAAUGAGUGUUGGCUAUAAGAUAAGCUUGACCGGUGCACGUGGGCGUUGUCAUUGAAUAUAUGUUGUAAAUGAGUGUUGGCUAUAAGAUAAGCUUGACCGGUGCACGUUGGCGUUGACCUUGUAUAUAUGUUGUAAAUGAGUGUUGGCUAUAAGAUAAGCUUGACCUGUGCAAGUGGGCAUUGACUUUGUAUAUAUGUUGUAAAUGAGUGUUGGCUAUAAGAUAAGCUUGACCGGUGCAAGUGGGCGUUGACUUUGUAUAUAUGUUGUAAAUGAGUGUUGGCUAUAAGAUAAGCUUGACCGGUGCAAGUGGGCGUUGACUUUGUAUAUAUGUUGUAAAUGAGUGUUGGCUAUAAGAUAAGCUUGACCGGUGCAAGUGGUCCUUGACAUUGUAUAUAUGUUGUAAAUGAGUGUUGGCUAUAAGAUAAGCUUGACCGGUGCAAGUGGGCGUUGACUUUGUAUAUAUGUUGUAAAUGAGUGUUGGCUAUAAGAUAAGCUUGACCGGUGCACGUUGGCGUUGACCUUGUAUAUAUGUUGUAAAUGAGUGUUGGCUAUAAGAUAAGCUUGACCUGUGCAAGUGGGCAUUGACUUUGUAUAUAUGUUGUAAAUGAGUGUUAGCUAUAAGAUAAGCUUGACCGGUGCAAGUGGUCGUUGACAUUGUAUAUAUGUUGUAAAUGAGUGUUGGCUAUAAGAUAAGCUUGACCGGUGCAAGUGGGCGUUGACUUUGUAUAUAUGUUGUAAAUGAGUGUUGGCUAUAAGAUAAGCUUGACCGGUGCAAGUGGGCCUUGACUUUGUAUAUAUGUUGUAAAUGAGUGUUGGCUAUAAGAUAAGCUUGACCGGUGCAAGUGGGCCUUGACUUUGUAUAUAUGUUGUAAAUGAGUGUUGGCUAUAAGAUAAGCUUGACCGUUGAAAGUGGGCGUUGACAUUGUUGCACUGUUCAUAACUGACAAUGUACGUAAUGCUUUCGAGUGAUCUCCCUACCAAAAUGAAUGAAAUUAUGUUUAUAAUUGUUAGUUGUAAAAAAUUAUUUGAUUUAUUUAUUAAACUCAUUAUGUGCGCCUUAAACAUUCACUAUAAUAUCACACCUAAUAAGCGUUUUCGUGCAUUACAUUUUAUCAACAGAUAUGAAAACUUGCUUUCUCAAAAUAAUAAAGAUCUUGACAAGUUGUUUACAUUAUUUAUCUUUUUAAAACAAUGCAUGUUAUAGGUAUUGUUUUGUGCUCGUGCUUGUAUUU